UAAGCACAUACACGCAUACGUACGAUCGUUUCGUGAUCAAUUUAUUACAGAUCACGCGACGAUUAACGCAAUCUGUAAGAACGUUAACGUGGAACUAGUGCCGAAGCGUUUUAUUUAUCAGUUCUUUAGCAAUGAACAAUCUGGUGCACGCGGACGCCAUUUUCAAUAUAAGCAUUGGCCACGUCCUAACUUGAUGGCAGGAGAUUUUGGAGCCGUUAAUGUGUUCCUUCCGUCGAGUCCCGAGUAAUUGAGUACCUCGUAAAGGAAAAGCAAGUUGCACAGCGAAACAUGCCACUCAGGUUAGACAUCAAGCGGAAGCUAACCGCUAGAUCUGACAGAGUGAAGAGCGUGGAUCUCCACCCAACAGAACCAUGGAUGCUCUGUUCUCUCUACCAGGGCAAUGUCAACAUUUGGAACCACGAGACUCAAAUGUUGGUCAAGACUUUCGAAGUAUGCGACUUGCCGGUGCGUACAGCCAAAUUCGUGCCACGCAAAAAUUGGGUUGUCACUGGCUCGGAUGACAUGCUCAUCAGAGUGUUCAAUUACAACACUCUGGAGCGGGUGCAUUCCUUCGAAGCGCACAGCGAUUACGUCAGAUGCAUAGCGGUUCAUCCGACACAGCCAUUUAUAUUAACUAGUAGCGACGACAUGUUAAUCAAAUUGUGGAACUGGGAGAAGGCUUGGAUAGGGCAGCAAGUCUUCGAGGGACACACUCACUACGUCAUGCAGAUCGUGUUCAAUCCUAAAGAUAAUAAUACGUUUGCCAGUGCUUCAUUGGACAGAACAGUGAAAGUAUGGCAAUUAGGAUCCUCCACUGCCAAUUUCACGUUAGAGGGCCACGAGAAAGGCGUAAAUUGCGUAGAUUACUACCACGGCGGUGACAAACCAUACUUGAUAUCUGGAGCGGACGACAAAUACGUUAAGAUAUGGGACUACCAAAACAAAACGUGCGUGCAGACGUUAGAGGGACACACGCAGAACAUUUCGGCGGUCUGUUUCCAUCCAGAAUUACCCAUCAUUCUCACUGGCUCGGAAGACGGAACCGUCAGAAUAUGGCACGCGGGAACGUACAGAUUAGAAUCCUCUCUCAACUACGCUUUCGAAAGAGUAUGGACGAUCGCCAGUAUGCGAGGCUCGAACAACGUAGCGAUCGGCUACGACGAGGGUAGCGUUAUGGUGAAAGUUGGCAGGGAAGAGCCGGCGGUUUCCAUGGACUCGCUAGGCGGUAAAAUUGUCUGGGCCAAACACAGCGAGAUACAGCAAGUGAACCUAAAGGCUCUGGGAGAGGAAGCGCAGGAUGGAGAAAGGCUUCCUCUAGCGGUCAAAGACAUGGGUGCCUGCGAAAUUUAUCCGCAAACUAUCCAGCACAAUCCCAACGGCAGAUUUUUGGUGGUUUGUGGGGACGGAGAGUAUAUUAUUUACACAUCCAUGGCGCUGAGGAACAAGGCGUUCGGUCAGGCAUCCGAAUUCGUGUGGGCUGCUGAUUCCAGCCAGUACGCUGUCAGGGAAAGCACCACCACUGUCAAGGUCUUCAAGAACUUCAAGGAAAAGAAGAGCUUCAAACCUGAUUUCGGAGCUGACGGUAUUUUCGGGGGAUUCCUGUUGGGAGUGUCUUCAGGAUCUGGCUUGUCCUUCUUCGAUUGGGACACGCUGAAGUUAAUUCGUCGCAUAGACAUUCAGCCAACGCACGUUUAUUGGGCGGAGAACGCGUCUCUCGUGGCGUUGGCCACCUCCGAUCAAUACUUCAUCUUGAAGUACCAGGCUGACGCUGUCGCGAACGUUCCUGAGGUUUCGGAGGACAUCGAGGACGUCGAGAGCGCGUUCGAGAUGAUAGCAGAGGUGAGCGAAGUAGUGAAGACCGGCCUGUGGGUUGGCGACUGUUUCAUCUACACAAACAGCGUGAAUCGAGUAAACUACAUCGUCGGUGGCGAAGUAGUGACCGUCUCGCACUUGGACAGACCGAUGUACCUCCUCGGCUACGUCCCCAGGGAUAACAGACUCUACUUAUGCGACAAGGAGCUCUCCGUUGUCUCCUAUUCCCUGUUACUCUCCGUCUUAGAGUAUCAGACAGCCGUUAUGCGAAAGGACUUUGAGACAGCAGACAGAGUUCUACCUACGGUACCAAAGGAGCAUCGAACCAGAGUCGCGCACUUUCUGGAAAAGCAGGGUUUCAAGAAGCAAGCGUUGGCGGUUUCGACGGACCCGGAGCACAGGUUCGAGUUGGCAUUGGCGUUGAAAGAUCUCGUCACGGCUCACUCGCUCGCCAAAGAAGCUAACAGCCAGCAGAAGUGGCGGCAGCUGGCGUCUCUGGCUACGGGAAAGGGCAAGCUGUGCCUCGCGCAGGAGUGCUUGCAUCAGGCGCAGGACUUUGGAGGGCUUCUGUUGCUGGCCACCAGCACGGGAAACGCGAAUAUGAUCGAGAAACUCGGCGCGGACGCUGACAGUACCGGGAACAAUAACAUAUCGUUCUUGUCGUACUUCAUUCUCGGGGAACUCGACAAAUGCUUGGACAUUCUCGUUAAGACGGACAGGAUUCCAGAGGCUGCGUUCUUCGCGAGAACGUACGCGCCCAGCAAAAUCUCGUCGAUCGUUAAAUUGUGGAAGGAGAAGUUGUCAGCGGUGAGCGAGAAGGCUGGACAGAGCUUGGCCGAUCCUGAACAGUACGAGAACCUGUUCCCUGGUUACAGCGAGGCUUUGAGAGUCGAGCAGUUCCUGAGGGAGGAAGCCAAGAAGAAGAUUCCCGCGUCAGCUUUUCCAACGGUUCAACCCAAUACAGAACGAAAGCCAUUGGAGGAGAUGUUGGCAGCCGAGCAGGCGAAUCGAUUCACUUACAAAGCAGGCGUCAACAGCAACAGCAAACCAGAAGUAUCGACUACUGAAGAGCUGACGAAUAGGUUAAUAGAUCUGGAUAUCGAUAAGGUAAUCCCUGCGUCAACCGAAAACACAACUGCACCUCAGAAAACGACCAAGACCACAACCAGCAGUUCCAGGCCACUCACGGUGGACGACGACGACUUGGACCUCGAUCUCGAAAUUGACGAUACCAUUGACACUACCUGGUGCUUCUGAAUAACAAAGGCGUGAGUCUCGACGACGACCUCCUCGAGGAAGAUUAGCCCCUCGAUCUGGAAGGCGAGAUCAGCAACGUGCGCGCCAGACGUGCAAUUUCCAUUCUCCUUCCGUCAGUCAUUCCCCCGCGAGUCGAUCGGAGUCGUUUAGAAUCAAGUAUUACUGUUGAAGGACAUUUCUUGUGCGCGAGUGCUUUUAUCAUCAACGCAUCCAAUUAAGAAUGUACGCGCGGGCUUUAACCGCGUGACGAAGAUUAAAUAUAUUGUUAAUAUAACAGAA